CCCAGCCACCCUCCUUUUUUGGAUCAUUACAUAACUGCGGAAUAGGUUUGUUCUACCCAAAUAUCCAGGUUUAAUAAGAGCUUUUAGCGAUGUAUAUUUUUGAAACGAUGACACAGUGGAUGUGUACCAUUGGAGCAAGCUUCAUCACCACUUUCGUUUUCAUCUAGCGGCAGGUUCCCAAUACAAUUAUGGAGUUUUGAGAAGGGUUUUGUGUGUUCUUUGGGGGGGAAAGGGGGUCUUUCCCCUCAAUUUGGAUGGACUAUUUGAAGGGACUUUCUGGAGGGUUAUUGAACCUGCCUUUUGUAAAAUAUUGUAUAUAUAUUUUUUGAAGUUGGAAAAGGAGAGAAUAUUUUUUUGUAAUAUAUUUCUAGUAUAUUUGUAUUUUAUUUCUUCUAAGUGUAGAAUUUAUAUAUACUUUUAUUUUUUGAAUUCCUGAUGCCAUUGUUUGUUUCAAACACAUUUGGUUGUGUUGAGCUUUGGGUCUACCUGGUGGACUAAGAUGACCUAAAACAAGGCCAUGGGGUUGCUAGGGUGCGGUGGAAUCUCAACACAAGCACAAUUCUAGCACCCCAAAACAAUCUCCCACCUUUUUCUAUUUUUCUUCAGCGAGCAGCUACUUCCAAAACAUUAUAAUUUCAAAGUCACACUGACUUGACCUAAAGCGUUGUCUUAGGGUUUGUUGUUGUACUGAAGGGUUGCUCUUUCAGUGUUUGUUUUCGAGUUGGGAGUGGGGGGAGCAGGGUCUCCGUGACUGGGUAAGUUCGCUGCUUUAGAGCGGGGAGUUUACUGCAAGGUUUAGGAGUCUCUCAGGAUGAGUGUGGUGAUGGCCACCCCAGACUGCACGCCAAAAUGCCGUUCCAUGCGGCAUGCAGAUGAAGUGGUGGCGGCGCUGACGCGGGGUUCAGAGGGGCGCCUGCGGGCCUUCCUCAACACCCACUGCCACAACGCGGCCACACUGAGGGACGCCUUCGGUCGCACGGCCCUGCACCUGGCCGCCUCACUGGGCAAGAGGGCCCUGCUGGAGUGGCUGCUGGAGAGCAAGAGCGCUGACCUCAUGGUGAAGGACAAGGAGUCUGGCUGGACCGCCCUGCACCGCAGCGUCUUCUACGGACACAUCCACUGCCUCAUGUCACUCAUUAAGCAUGGCGGCAUCCUCUCCACCCAGGAUAAGGAGGGCCUCUCUGUCCUGGACUUAACCAUGAAGGACAGACCAGCACACGUGGUGUUUACAAAGACGGAUCCCACUGAGGUUUAUACUUGGGGGAACAACACCAAUUUCAGUCUGGGGCACGGGAACCAGGAGAGCAGGCAUCACCCGGAGAUUGUGGAUCUGUUUGCCCGUACCGGGGUUUAUGUCAAACAGGUGGUGCUGUGUAAGUUCCACUCAGUGUUCCUGUCUCAGAAGGGGCAGGUGUAUACAUGUGGACACGGGCAGGGAGGUCGGCUGGGACACAGGGACGAACAGACAUAUCUGGUUCCUCGGAUGGUGGAGGGGCUCCUGUCCCAUCACUGCUCCCAGGUGGCUGCAGCCAAGGACCACACGGUGGUGCUGACCGAGGAGGGCUAUGUCUACACCUUCGGCCUCAACACCUUCCACCAGCUGGGGCUGGCUCCCCCGCCCGCCUCCAGCCACCUGCCCAAACAGGUUUUCUCCAAGACCCUUAAAGGCAGGACUGUUAUUGGUGUAGCAGCGGGGAGAUUCCACACAGUUCUGUGGACCAGGGAGGCUGUCUACACAGUGGGACUAAACGGAGGGCAGCUGGGCUACCUGUUGGACCCCAACGGGGAGAGGUGUGUGACCGCGCCUCGCCAGGUGUCUGCCCUCUACCACAAGGACGUCACCAUCGCCAUGGCAGUGGCCAGUAAUGGGGCAACGUUGGUGGUGACAGAGAAGGGAGAUGUCUACCUGCUGGCUGACUAUCAGUGCAAGAAGUUGGCAUCGAGACAACUGAACAUCCGGAAGGUYCUUGUGAGCGGAGGCAGCCUGGACCAUCGAGUGGACCCCCAGGUCCUGAAUGAGGGAGGGGGAGAGAAGGUGGCCAUCCUGGCCCUGGAUGAAGCUGGRAGGGUAUUCUGCUGGCGUUCAGUGGGCGGUUCGGUGAGACAAUGCCGGUGGGCGUACGGGCGCCAGGUGUUCAUGUCAGACAUCGCCCUGAGCAGGAACAACAUGAUGUUUGUCACACAGGAAGGGGAGGGCUUCAGCGGACAGUGGCACGGAGAGCACAGGAAGAGCGUGGAGAAGAAAGAUGGGAGUGUGGAGGUGUGUGGUUACCCAGAGGGUGGAGCUGUGUACGAGCGAAUCCGCUUGGAGAAGCUCCCCUACGUCCACCGUGCGGUCAGCAUCACCAUGGACUCCAAGGGACGCAACUUUGGAGUGCUGCAGUCUGACCCUAAAACCAGCCUGUUUGAGAUUCCCAGCGUAUCUCCCUCCUCCUUCUCCCAACACUUCCGGAGCCUGCUGGAGGAAGCAGAUGAGACGGAUAGCAUCCACGACUUGACCCUGCAGGCUGGAGACCGCACCUUCCCCGCCCACAAGUACCUCCUGUCCAUGAGGUCCGARUUCUUCAGGAAGCWGCUGGUGCCGGACGGGGAGGAGGGAGACGGGGAGGUGAGAAGGAGYGARGAUGCGGUGGGCUGUGACCUGCUGGUGGUGGAGACGGUGAGCCCUGAGAUGCUGGAGCAUGUCCUGAAGUUCAUCUACACCGAUUUCUGUGAUCUGCUGGURCAGGGCCACCGGCCUCGAGUCUUCGGCCAGAACCAGAAUCAACAGGGCCCAGACCCGGAGCAGGAGCAGCUGAUCAGCAGCCUGCAGGACCUGGGCUUCCAUGAGGGCAACCUGGGGGACCGCUUGGCCCUGGAAGUGUACCGCUCGCUGACCCCAUCGGCCCGAGGGGACGGAGACAAGCCCAAAAGCAAGGGCACCAAGCCUGGGAAAAAAAGCAAGGGAGGCAARGCUGGAGCUGGAGAGGGAGGAAGAGUCAACCCGGUCAAGACCUUACAGGGCGUGGCCAAGAAGCUCGGCAUGGGCAGUCUGUCGGCACGAUGUGUUUCAGAGUACUUCCACAGUAUGCUGGGGAACCCCUGGAUAGAGGCCACUUCUUGUAGUGCCCUAGAGAUGCCCACCAGCUCAGAGAUACUGCAGGUCAUCCUAGAAUAUGUCUACACUGACGAGUCUCCCACUAUCAAAGAGUCUCUAAAUGUGGAGUUUGUCUGCAACGUGUUGGUGGUGGCCGAUCAGCUUCUCAUCACCCGACUGAAGGAGAUGUGUGAAGUGGCCAUUACUGAGAACCUGACACUGAAGAAUGCUGCAGAGCUGCUGCAGUUUUCUGCCAUGUACAACGCUGAGCAGCUCAAACUAUCCUGUAUCCAGUUCAUUGUGCACAACAUGGCUGCCCUGCUCGAGUCCAAAGCGCUGGAUAUCCUGAGUGAUGACGUGCUGGUGGAGCUCUCUGCCUCCUACAGGAGGAUGAUUCCGGCCAUGCAGAAGCGACUGAUCACGCCUUACCCAGACGCCCCGGACCUCACUGUGUACGAGGACAUGGACUCUUCAUUCAGCUCUAAAGCUGACGCCGAACUAGACUACUCCUGCAGGGAGACUCUGUUGAAGAAGGCUAAGUUGAAGGYCAAGAGAAAACCUAGGAGACGCUCCGACAGCUCAGGGGGUUACACCCUUUCUGACAUCAUCCAGAGCCCACCUGCCGCAGUCCUCUCUCCCAGCCUGGUCAAGUCAGGAAAGACCAACUCCAUGGAGUCUCUGCAGGAGCUGAUGACAUCUGACUCUGAGGGCAGCUACAAGGGUGUGGGCAGCCCCCGAGACCUCCAGAGUCCCRUGUUCCACGACAGGCCYGAGGAGGGGAGGGCUGAAGGAGGUCCCAGGUUGAAGACUCCCCCCAGCACCCCUACCACCGCGCGGAACGGCCUCCCCGCCGAACCCCCAAAGAGUUCUGUUCCAGAGUACAUCCCCAAGGUCACAGCCAGUCCUGCUCUGUCACUUCCUGUCUUGGACCUCAGGGCCAUCAUGGAUAUGGAAGCCAGCUCAAAGACACAAAGUCUCMGAGCCUCUCCCAAAAGUCCUGUCAGUGUUGGCAGCAGUAGCAAGCAGUCCCCUCUCCCAGCCAAGCUCUCCCAGAAGCAGAGGAAGAUGAUCGCCAUGGCAACCAAGGAGGGCAGUGCUGAGUGUGCCCUAUCCAAAUCGCCACCAGUCAUUACUCCCUCAAAGAAUGCGAAAGGAUGGGCCACUCCGGUCCAGACACCCCCUUCGUCUCGAGCAUUCCGGGACCUCCUGGUGGAGGAGGAGAGCCGUGUCAGGAACGGGAGGCCAGGGUCCCUGGGAAGGCCAGUUGCUCAGGGGCCUCUGGUCUCUGCUGUCAGGAGUGUCAACUUCAAAUGUACUGCUAAGCCCCCCAGCGAGCCAGUGAGACCCGCCGGCCCCUGGGUGCUGGGAGCGGCGGGCAGCCCCCCUACGGCCUCCGUGGUAACCUUUGCUUCUAUCGUGGAGGAGGAGAAACAGCAGGAGGCUGCACUGAUCCGCAGCCGAGAGAAACCUCUGGCACUCAUUCAGAUUGAGGAGGCAGCGAUCCAAGAGCUUUUGUAUCACUACGGCACCCGCAACAACCCCGACGAGAUGAUUGUGGUGGAGAGGUCUGUCCAGGGGCCCAUCGCCAUCCCCUUCUGGAACAAACACUGAGACGUCGCACCCACAUGCGUUGUGAGACGUCACAUACUCAUAUCCUUAUCCACCUGAUGACCAUAUGUAUCUCCUGUCAGUCAGUGUUAAGAUAUACCUCAGGCCUAGUUGUGCCAGUGUGCUGGGUCUGACGCAGGGCUUUUAUGCCGAACUCCAGUGUUCCUUAGUUUUUGUCACGGCUCUUUUUCGUGUUGACCUUUUUUUGAGUGUGUCCCUGAGCAAGAAACAGUGGAUGAUAAAAUAUUUUUUGCGCCUUGCCAUCAAAACAGGAGUAAAGACAUUCUUCCAAAAGGUUUAGUUGCCAAAGACAAAGUAUGUAUGGAAAUGGAGCAGUUCAAAACUAUAAAUUGGGUCCAGAACUACAUUAACAAAGCAGGAUUGGUCGGUUUCAGCACGCAUACUUUUUUUUAGGUGAAUAAGCUGUGCCAAUUAGGAAAAGUACUAUAGCACAAGUUGUUCUGAGAAGAACUAAGCCUAAAGCCAGGGCCUGGAGUUCAGAGGCCAGCCUUAUCUGGUUUCUACCUAGUUCUACUUUAUGAGUUGGGAAAUGAGUUGUGUUCUGGAUAUAUUGUGUGAUUGCAGGCUAGUUGAAUCAUGAACGGAGGUGGUAGGGAGUGACAGUGUCAUGCAGCCUGCCAUUUUCUAGUGUGAGCUAAUUGUGUAUGAGUCCUCGCUUGUUUCCCUUUUAUCAGAGUUAUAGGGCAAGCUGUCGGGUUUGUGCCUUGCUUCCACCCUGACGAUCCUCUGUGUACACACACACACACACACACACACACACACACACACACACACUAAUAAUUUCACUACUUUCUGGCUGGCUGUAUUUGAGUUGUUUUACUUUAUUUUGUGUUCUGGAGCUGAUGUGUUGGCUUGGUACCCCAGACCCAGACCAUGUAAACCCAGUCUUAUUCCAUGCAGCACCCUUCGUUUGAGACUUUGGAUGUGAUGAAAAUGGCAUGCAAUAAAACACACCUGUGCAAUGACCAUG